AUGGACAAUGCUGCAGUCAUAAGGAGGAAGGGUUACUUCAUGGGAAUCAAUCUGGACAAAUGCUUCCACACAAAAGUCAAGUCUGCCUACACGGAGGACCUGAAGUUCAGUGUGGUGGUCAAGAUCAUUCACUGAAAGAAGAUACUCACCGGUUUUGUAAUGAUUCUUCCAUAGGAGAUGGAUCUGGCAACCAUCCACCACUGGGCCAUCAUCAAGACCUAUGAGAUUUUUGAAACCUCUAAUGUACACAUUGACAUUGUCAUGGAGCUCAGCACCCUGGGCAGCCUCCUCAAGGUCACGAAGUGCCAGGGAACACAUGACCAUGUGCCGCACAAGUUGUUCUUCUGGCUCUCUUCGGCCUUCAGAUACUGCCGCGAUGUGGAUGUCAUCUAUAGAGACCUCAAGUGCAAGAAUCUUUUCUUUGACAAGGACUUCAACACCAAGCUAUCCAACUUAGGCUGACCCAAGUGCUGCCUUUUGGAAGGGAGCCGGCACACUGUCCUCAGUGAGAGCUACUGUAGGUCAGCAGCAUAUGCGGUCCCUGAUGUGUUGCAAGUCAUCUCAUACCAGCCUGGGGUGUAUGACACCUGGAGCUUGGGUGUGAUCCUCUGCAUCUUGGUGGGCCUGAUGCCCUAUGAUGACUCCAACAUCAAAAAGAUGCUGUGCGUGAUGCAGAAGGAGCACUGCAUUAACUUCUCCCACUGCCCCAAAUACCUCUCCGGUGAGUGCAAGGAUGUCAUCAAUGGCGUCUUGCAGCCAGAUGUCAACUGGCAGCAGCACAGUAAAUCUUCAGUUACUCAUGGCUGCAGCCUCCCAAACUCUAACCCAUAUGGGUCUUCUGAUUCUCUCAAGAGGAAGAGAGAAGGCAACUACUGGGCCUAGUGCAAAUGUAAUACCUGGUCAGGCUCAAGGCCUGACAACUGGCCUGUCCACAAGCUGGGGGCCAAACCCCAGCAUCAGCUGCCCGAGAACAAAGGAUAGAAGCCAG